GUGCCGACGAGCGUGUAGGCCGACACAUCGUGGCCGUUAAGGAGAUCCCGAUGCGCACUGUCCUCAUGAGGGAGCUGCCGCUGGUCGUCUACCCUAAACCCGCAACGAAUCCGCUUGAAUUCACGAAGGUGUGCGUCGCCUGCUGUUUGAAGAUCAAUGAAACUGUCCCAUGCGGCCAUUGCGGAUGGCCCCUUUGCAAACGUAGCUGCCCCUAUCUUGAUCGCCACAACAUCGAAUGCGAUGCUUUAUUAAAACCUUCAGAACAUUCACUAAUGGAAAAUCUUAGUGUAUCUGCCAUGCUUGGUGAUUUAUUCACUCCUUUCCUUCAACUCGCGGAGCUGCAUGCACUCGGCGCGGUUAGGAUUUGGAAGGCGUUUGAGCAGGAACACGGGCCCCGUCUCCUAAAUCUGCAGCAUGAGAUAGCGAUGCCAUCAUCUGAAAAUGGAACG